CCGGUGCCCCGCCUCUCAGCUGUGGUCCCCAACACCUUCCAACUCCACACCAUGGAGGGCGUUGAUCUUACUAAAGCCAUGCUGAACAAGGGCAAACAGAUGGCCAGUGUUGCUGCGUCCGCUGCCAAUGGCAACGGUGGAAAGAAGAGGAGAAAAGGCACCGACUUGAAGCCCAUCGUCACCAAUGAAUCUGCUGCUGGCGAGCCGACAGAAUCAACUGGCGCCGCGCCGACCAACGCGAAAGCUACCGGAGCGACGGCAUCGCGAUCGCCCUCUGCUUCAUCGAGCGAUGAAGUGGAAACCACCGCGGAGGAAGAGGACUCCGAGGACUACUGCAAGGGUGGCUACCACCCAGUGGCCGUGGGGGAGACUUACAACAAUGGUCGAUACGUGGUAGUGCGCAAGCUGGGAUGGGGGCAUUUUUCGACGGUGUGGCUGUCGAGGGAUACCACUACUGGUAAACACGUCGCGCUAAAGGUAGUCCGAUCCGCAGCCCACUACACCGAGACCGCCAUCGAUGAGAUCAAACUGCUCAACCGGAUCGUGCAAGCGAAACCCUCCCACCCGGGCCGGAAGCAUGUGGUUAGUCUGCUGGACUCGUUUGAACACAAGGGACCGAACGGAGUCCACGUAUGCAUGGUAUUCGAGGUCCUGGGUGAGAACCUGCUGGGUCUGAUCAAGCGCUGGAACCACCGCGGUAUCCCCAUGCCGCUGGUCAAGCAGAUCACCAAACAGGUGCUGCUGGGCUUGGAUUACCUGCACCGGGAGUGCGGCAUCAUUCACACCGACCUGAAGCCCGAAAAUGUGUUGAUCGAGAUCGGCGACGUGGAACAAAUUGUGCAGGCCCAUGUCCAGCAAGAAGAGGCGAAAAAGAACAAGGAAGACAACCGGAAUGGGCGACGACGGAGACGAACCCUGAUUACUGGGAGUCAGCCGUUGCCCAGUCCGUUGAACACCAGCUUUAGCAGCUUCGACUUUAAACACAGCUCUUCCAACUCACACAGCAGUCUCAACCAGAUGGUGAACGAGUCUGCACCGGCAGAGCCGCCGUCGAUGAAGGAGACCCUUGGCAUCAAGGAGGAGGAAGAGAAACACAAGGAGCGAGAGAAGACAACCGAUCUCCUGGAGAGAGAAGUGUCCGGCAUCUCUCUUGACAAGACCUCCUCCAGGGACAGUGAAGACGAGAUCGAUGCCAACAUAAUUUCCGUCAAAAUUGCCGACCUGGGUAACGCAUGCUGGGUCGGCCAUCAUUUCACCAACGACAUUCAGACCCGGCAGUAUAGGUCGCCCGAAGUGAUAUUGGGAGCGAAGUGGGGUGCCAGCACCGACGUUUGGAGUAUGGCUUGCAUGACCUUCGAGCUGAUCACCGGAGACUACCUCUUCGACCCACAAUCGGGCACCAAAUACGGCAAAGACGACGACCACAUCGCCCAAAUUAUCGAACUCCUCGGCCCAUUCCCCAAAUCUCUAUGCCUAUCCGGCAAAUGGUCUCAAGAGAUCUUCAACCGAAAGGGCGAACUCCGCAACAUCCACCGCCUCCGCCACUGGGCUCUCCCAGACGUCCUCCGCGAGAAGUACCACUACACAGUGGAAGAAAGCAUGCGAACCAGCGAGUUCCUACUUCCCAUGCUGGACCUUUCGCCCGAGAAACGCGCCAACGCGGGCGGGAUGGCCGCACACGACUGGCUGAAAGACACACCCGGGAUGAGCGAGAUCGACCUGGGUAUCGCGCCUGGGACGCGCGGGGAAGGAAUUGAGGGAUGGGCGUCGGAGUUUAAGCGGCGAUGA